CCCGCCUCGGUCAUGGGCAAUGGGCUGUCGGAGCCCGGCCCCGGCCUGCUGGCCGGCCUGCCCCCCUUCCAGUGCUUCCACAUCGUGAUCCUGGGCCUGGACUGCGCCGGCAAGACCACGGUGCUGUACCGGCUGCAGUUCGACGAGUUCGUGAACACGGUGCCCACGAAGGGCUUCAACACGGAGAAGGUGCGCGUGACGCUGGGCAACGCCAAGACCGUGACCUUCCACUUCUGGGACGUGGGCGGCCAGGAGAAGCUGCGGCCCCUCUGGAAGUCGUACACGCGCUGCACGGACGGCAUCGUGUUCGUCGUGGACUCGGUGGACGUGGAGCGCAUGGACGAGGCCAAGACGGAGCUGCACCGCAUCACGCGGCUGGCCGAGAACCAGGGCGUGCCCGUGCUGCUCGUGGCCAACAAGCAGGACCUGCGCGACUCGCUGCCGCCGGCCGAGAUCGCGCGGCUGCUGGCCGUGGGCGAGCUGGCCGCGUCCACGCCCUGGCACCUGCAGCCCACCUGCGCCAUCAUCGGCGACGGGCUGCGCGAGGGCCUCGAGAAGCUGCACGAGAUGAUCCUCAAGCGCAGGAAGAUGCUGCGCCAGCAGAAGAAGAAGAGAUGAGGCGGCGGAGGGGGGCCGGGGCCGGGGCCGGGGCCGGGGACCCCCCGGGAGGCGCGGGCUGGGAACUGACCAGCGGGCACACAGCAGCUGUAGGCGUUUGACCUCGAGUCCCUGGUGAAAUAAAGCUAUGGACGGUGCCUGUCUGUCCGCCCGCCCGCCCGCCUGCCUGCCGUAUGGCUUAAAUGCCCUGGAAUGGAAGUGUGAAGAGGGGCUCGCAAACUCGUAUUUAUUCACGGGGUGGGGGGGAGGGGCUGCGUUUCGCCAGCUUUGGGCCGGGGGGAGUGCCAGGAUUUGAGCCGAAUCCGCGGCUGUGUUAAUUAGGCUGCUGCCGAGGCCGGUCCCAUUCCGGUGUGAGAUGGGACCUCUUCAGGCGCAUGGAUUAGUUAUCCUGACGAGGAGCAUGUUGUGGUGGGUGGUGGUCUCAUUUCUUAGAAAGAGCUAUGCAUCCCCCUCCCCAAGGGGCCGCGGGGACGCUCCUUUGUCUUUAAGAGGUGGACUGCUGUCGGGAGCACUCACUGUCACUCGCAGCCCCGGGAGAGAUCUGCUUGACCCCCUUUUCCAAAAGACGUGUCUCUGUGUGUUUAACACAUGCCUGCAGACGGGGCUUGUGCAGAAAAGCAUCUGGGUCAGGGGGAACAAAAGAAAGGAGACGUAUUGGCCCGUGUCCGGCCCUUAGCCCACGGGGGAAAAGACGAUUGUGCAGACGGGAGUCGGGAGUGUGGGGUUUGUCUACCUUUUCAGUAUUGGGGGAGGCACCUAAGCUUUAUGGGCAGCCCUCGGCCUUACGUUGUUUACAAAGUGAACAAACAGUGUUAGGUGGGCAGGACAGCGGAAAGGGGAAAAGCCUAAUUCUCGUUGGUACAGUACAUCUGACGAUCAAACAUUCGAGGACAAGCAUCUGAAAGAAGCUGUAGCAGAACUUUGUUUUAUCAAAACUGCUGGUGCUCUAGGAAACCAGAAAGGGGAGAAACACCCCUUAACUUCAAUGUGAAAAUGUGGUGUUGUUUUUUUUAACCAAAAAAAGUCAUCCUUUUCUACCGACCAGCAAUGACUUCUAACUGCCAUGUGUUUAGAAAACCUCACUGUUAAUUCUGUGUGUAAAGAAACUUGAUUUGUACAACCAGCCACUGUUUGUUCUGAAGGCGACCAAAAAUGCACUUUAGCGGGGUGGUUUUUGUUUUGUUUGAUAGUGGAACGGCUGACUUUAUGGAACCUUGGUUUAAAUAAACAAGAGUUAAAAUCGCA